GUUCACUUGAAGAGUAUUAUUCACGUUUCGUUGAUAUCUAAACUUUAUUCCAUUACUUGGCAUUAUAAUAGUUAUCUAAUAAAAAGUGAUAUGUAUUUUUGUCGUGCUACAACUAUUUUCUUCAGAAGAUUUUUUGUUUUCGUUUAUGAUCAGUGUUAAGCAAAAUGUGAAUAUCAUGUUUCGAGUAGCCCGUUUGUGGUGACGAACCUUCACAACGCCAUACGCAAAUCAGAAGCUAUAGUGACACGAUAUGUUUUUCAAUGAGGGUGAAAAGAACCUACCUAAAUCUUUAAUUACUAUUUCAAAAGUAGCAAAUAUAUCAAUUAACCGUAAAUCCGUUCCAAUUAGAUGCAGUUUUCUGAAUUAAAAGUAGAGCAUUUGCAUUCAUAGCGAAGUAGACCUGUAAUUUUGUUUUCGAAAGACAAAACGCGCUAUUUGAUUUUGUAAAAUUACAAAAGUAUGAUAUUGUGUGAUGCUAGUGAACUGUUGCAAGAAGCAUUGAAAAAAUCAAUGCAGGAAAAAAAUUUUGGAGAUUAAUGAUCCAGGUUCAUUACCAAAACUGGGAAUUGUGUGGCGCAUCAUGAAAAGUAAAAAUAAGCUCGUGAAUUCACCUGGAUCGGUAGGUGAAGUGACUAGUGUAAGUUAUCCUUUGUGUUCGAGUAUAAAAUCGGCCUCAAAUGGAACAAAUACAUUAAUUGGGGCUGGAAACGGAGAACCUGCAGCGUUGCCGCAAGUGAAGCCUCAUAUAUCGUUGGACAAGUAUGAUGAGUUCCAGUUCAAAGUGCCUCCGGAAGCACCGGUAUUUGAACCCUCUGAAGACGACUUCAAAAAUCCUCUAAUCUAUAUCAAUAAAAUCAGACCGAUAGCAGAAAAAUAUGGAAUAUGCAAAAUUAGACCACCAGCGAGUUGGCAACCACCAUUCACCGUAGAUGUUGAGAAGUUAACAUUUGUUCCACGAGUCCAACGUCUAAACGAACUAGAAGCAGAGACACGCAUAAAACUAAAUUUUCUUGAUCAGAUCGCAAAGUUUUGGGAAUUGCAAGGAUCAUCAUUAAAGAUUCCUAUGGUUGAGCGUAAACCUUUGGAUCUCUAUACAUUGCAUAAAAUAGUGAACGAUGAAGGAGGCAUCGAAAUUGUUACAAAGGAACGCAAAUGGUCGAGAGUUGCUUGUCGCAUGGGAUAUCAACAAGGAAAAAAUGUCGGCACUAAUUUAAGAGCACAUUAUGAAAGAAUUUUAUAUCCUUUUGAUACAUACCGUUCUGGUAAAAUUAUAGAUUUGGCGAAUUUGGAAACCGAACAAGAAGAUUGUGAAUACAAGCCUCAUUCAAUCGAAGCUCGUCAGCAGGUACAACCGCCACCCGCAACUACCGCCAGAAGAUCUCAGCGUUUUGCUCAAAUGAACAAAUCAGCCAGCAUUGGAGCAGAGAACGACUUAUCUCGGUUUUCACCAAACAAGUACCGUUUGAAAAAUGUAUAUGGCACUAGUACAAAUGGAUCAACAAAAGGAAAGUCAGACGUAACGUAUGCAACAAAUCCACACGAUCCAAUGGCAAAGUAUAUCUGUCACAUGUGUAAUCGAGGCGACGUAGAAGAAUCAAUGCUACUUUGCGACGGAUGCGAUGCUUCGUAUCAUACAUUCUGUUUGUUGCCACCAUUGCAAGAAAUUCCGAAAGGUGAUUGGCGUUGCCCGAAAUGUAUUGUUGAGGAAAAUUCUAAACCGGUUGAGGCAUUUGGAUUUGAACAAGCUCAACGAGAAUAUACACUUCAGCAAUUUGGUGAAAUGGCCGAUCAAUUCAAGUCCAACUACUUUAACAUGCCAGUUCAUCUUGUUCCAAUAGAGCUAGUUGAGAAGGAAUUCUGGCGUAUUGUUUCGUCAAUAGACGAAGAUGUAACUGUUGAGUAUGGAGCAGAUCUACAUACCAUGGAUCACGGUAGUGGAUUUCCAACUAAAUCCUCAUUAUAUCUUUUACCGGAAGACCAAGAAUACGCUGAAUCAAGCUGGAAUCUUAAUAACCUUCCAGUUUUGGACGAAUCUAUCCUAGGGCAUAUAAAUGCGGACAUCAGUGGCAUGAAGGUCCCAUGGAUGUACGUCGGAAUGUGCUUUGCUACAUUUUGCUGGCAUAAUGAGGAUCACUGGAGUUAUUCUAUAAAUUAUUUACAUUGGGGUGAACCAAAAACUUGGUACGGCGUUCCUGGAGCAAGGGCCGAAGAUUUUGAAGCGGCUAUGAAGUUGGCUGCACCUGAGUUAUUCCAAUCUCAACCGGAUCUACUGCAUCAACUGGUUACUAUUAUGAAUCCAAAUAUUCUCAUGAAUUCAACAGUACCAGUAUACAGAACAGAUCAACAUGCGGGAGAAUUUGUAGUUACUUUUCCACGUGCAUAUCACGCUGGUUUUAAUCAAGGCUACAAUUUUGCGGAGGCAGUAAACUUUGCUCCUGCAGACUGGAUGAAAAUGGGACGCGAAUGUGUAAAUCACUACUCUAAGUUACGAAGAUACUGCGUAUUUUCGCAUGAUGAGUUAGUCUGCAAAAUGGCACUUGAACCGGAUCGGUUGAAUCUUGGAAUUGCAACCGCCUGCUAUAUCGACAUGGCAGAAAUGGUUGACACCGAGAAGAAGCUAAGAAAAAAUCUACUAGAAUGGGGAGUUACAAAUGCGGAACGUGAAGCUUUCGAGCUACUUUCUGACGAUGCCAGACAGUGUGAAAUUUGCAAAACAACGUGUUUCCUUUCUGCGGUAACAUGUAAAUGUACUACAAAUCUAGCUUGCCUUCGUCACUUUGCAGAACUUUGUGAUUGUCCAGCCGAGAAUCACACUCUCAAGUAUCGUUACACACUUGACGAACUACCGUUGAUGGUACAGAAACUUAAGGUUAAAGCGGAGUCAUUUGAAAAGUGGCUUUUUAAAGUUAGAGAUGUACUUGAUCCGGCAAUUGAUACUAAUAUAACGUUGGAGGAACUACAAGAAAUUGCUCAAGAAGCGGAGACACAAAAGUUCCCCAAUAGCGUUAUUCUAGAAAGGCUUAAUUUCUCUAUACUGGAAGCACAAAAGUGCAUAACCGUCAUUCAGCAACUUGAUAUAAAUAAAAUUCGUACAAGAACUCGAAAUACAGCUGAGUGUGCCAAGUAUAAACUAUCUUUAGAAGAGCUUGAUAUGUUUGUUAAUGAAAUCAACAAUUUACGCUGCAUAAUUCGUGAAGGAGACAGUGUACGUGAAUUACAAAAGAUUGGCAAAGAAUGGGUGAAACAAGUUGAAUGUGCUCUCAAAGCUCGUUUCAAAGAUACAAAUAUUCAGCAGUUGACGCACCUCAUAGAAGAAGGAAAUUCUCUGUGCAUCGAAUUACCACAAAUUAUGUUGUUGAGAGAUCGACUAGCACAGUUCAAAUGGUAUAAACAAGUGCGUUUGUUACGCGAGAAUACAAUCGAUCGUAUGUCAUUAGAUGAAAUCAAAAAAAUGCUAGAUGAUGGAAUGAAAAUACUUCCACAUACAGUUCUAGAGAAAGAAUUAGCAGAACUUCAUGGAAUUAUGUUGCAGAUUAUGGACUGGGAACAAUCAGCCAGUCAAUGUUUCAAAACGGAAACACGUCAUAAAAUUAGUGAAAUUGAAACCCUUCUGGAAAGGGCCCAUUUGAUAGAAGAUUUCUUGCCAUCACAUAGUCAAUUACGGGACGCAUUGCAGAAAUCAAAAGAAUGGCUACACGCGAUCGAAUCAUUGGAACGCAAUGAGAACUACAAUUUUUUCCACACUUUGCAAAAUAUUGCCAAUCGGGCAAAGUUGCUGCCUAUGGAAGCAGAAAGACAGAAGCUUUUUGAGAGUAUGGGAGCUGAUUCAGAUGGUAAAUUGUCUUUGUCGUGUUUAGGGUACGGCGAUUCUGCUGCCAGUAGUGGAAUUAAAAGGAAGCAACUGAGUAAUGUUGAUGAAGUCAUCAAGAAAAUCAAGGAUGAUCCUUGUAUUACAGAACUUGAUGAACAAAUUUUGAAAGCGCAAAUACUUUGCUGGAAUGAUAAGAACAAAGUUAGUGCAUUAAGUCUAUCUUGUUGGUAUACAAGUGUUGAAGAGAAGUUUGGCGAUAGCAAAAUUGUUUAUCAUUGUGGAAAAUGCUCUGAAAUCGCAAGAAAAAAAACUAUCAAAUUAUAUAAGGAAGAGAAAAAAGAAUCCUUAAAUGAGCCACUAAAACCAGACAUGGACUUCAAAGUUGAAUUGAAUCAGUUAGAGGAAGACGCACAAGCAACGCGAGAGUGCUUUGACGAUUUCGAAGAUGAAUAUAAUGAGGGAGAUGAUCAAAUGAGUGACCCAGAAAAUCAAAGCGAUCGAGACAGUGAAAAUACUCAUGCUGAAGAUGAAGAAGGAGCAUGUGAUACAUUCAUUGGCGACAGCGAAGACAGUAAUUUAGACAUCGAUUAUUCGAAUAAACUUGGUUCAAAUAAUGAAGAGAAAUGUACCAGCCUCGCUAAGCAUGCUACCAGUUCACUAUACAGUGACGUUUGUUCAUUCGCUAAUAUUACUAGUCAACAAGGUAAAACUUCAAAACAAAGGUUGACUGCUGGUAAAAGUGAUACUUCAACGUCUGUAGAAACAUCUGCGAUAGAUCCAAGAGGAGUUAUAUUUUAAACAAAACAAUACAAACUCUUAAUAAGUAAAUAGUACCUUCUCUAUCACAUCCUGAGUAUGCGAGCUUUUGCUUCCUCUCGCGUGGAAAAGUAGUCGAACGUGUUUGUUUACUUGUUUAUUUCAAUGUCUGCAAUUUGGUUAAUCGCUAUUAUCGUUUCCAGAUAUCAACGCCACCUCUGAAUUAUUCUAGAAAUAGAUGUCUAUAAUAUUAUUAUCUAUAAGUUCAAAUGUCAGAUACAGAAGUUAAAUACAAUAUUGAAGUCAAGUCUCGUAUCAUCACAGCUUUGGAUACAUAAA